AUCUAUUUUGCUGAUAGCUAUUACUUACGCAGAAAUAUUUUAUAAAAGCUUGCCCAGUCUGCCAGUGGCCACGAAAACGAACGAAUCGAUCCAGUUCCUUGCAAGUCCAUAAGAAUUCAGCCCGUUGUCUGGUUAUAUAAGGGGAAAUAUGACGACCACCUAUGUGACCGCGGGUCCAGUUCCCGUCCAGCAAACCACCUACAUCAGCACGGGACCCCAGCAAUUUCAGACCACGUAUGUCACCAACGGACGGCCACCACCACCACCUCCACCACCCACCACGGUGGUGAUCACCACCACAAACAACAGACGCUGGGCGACUCCCGCCCAAACGCAAUCCGGAACAGCAGCCACCCUUCUGUUUGUCUACGCUGGAAUGGACAUGGCUCAAGGUUUGGGCUGGAACUUGACCCCCAUUUGGGCCAACACCCUCGAGUUCCAGUACAGUUGGUUCAUAGGGGUAAUAAUCGGAGCUGUGGUGUCUGCCAUUACUGCGUCCUUCCUGCCUAAAAUGGUCUUCUAUGGUUUGGGUGGUGUGAUGAACCUGAUCGACGCCAUUAUUUUUGUGAGUGCUCCCUACGAGUAUGAAUCCAUUCUGGCUGCUCGAUAUGUGGGUGGUGUGGGCAUUGGCCUGAUCACCGUUCCCUUCUUGAUUCACAGUGCAGAGAUCGCCUCCAGUUCGAACAGAGGAACGUGCUGCGCUCUGGAGCAGUAUGGAUUGGCACUGGGAGUGACCAUUCAGGUGGUCUACGACUCGCAGUGGACGCAGGACUUGGGCAUGACCAUCAACCGGGUGCAUGGAAUAUUCGGAAUAGUGUUCACCGCCAUUGCCCUGGGCAGUGUGGCCAUUACCAUCGACUCCCCGAUCUUCUAUAUCCGCCAAAACCAAGAGCAAAAGGCGCGAAACAGUGUGAAGCAGUUGAUGGGAGCUUUUUGGACUCGGGAAGGCGGAGAUAUUGCCUACGAGGAGGCCAAACUGUAUGUGGUGGAGGGCAGCAGUCAGGGAGUGGGUGAGCAGCUGGGGGAUUCCCUAAUGCCCUUCCUCAAACUGCUGCUCUUCCGCUGCUUCGUGGCCUUCAGCUUCUCGAUGCCGCUCUCCUACUCGAUGAUUGCCACCACGGACUUCGUGGAGGGAUCCACCUACUCCUGGCCCACGAUCAUAUUCGCAGUUCUCCGACUGGUGGGAGCACUGAUCACCUUCGGCGUGCUGGACACCGUGGGCAGGAAGUUCGUCUCGCUUCUCGGACUCAUGUGCAUGGCUGGAUUGAUGCUGGGAAUGGCCGGAGUCUAUGGAGAUUACUCCAACGUUACCAGCGACUAUUUCAUGUGGCAAGUUUGCCGGUUGGGCAUGGCCUUCCAGUUCUUCGCAGGACUCUUCGUCUGCAGCUCAUCGGUUUAUCUGGGCGAAGCCUUUCCGAUGAGAGUGAAGCCAUUCCUGAUCGGCCUAAUUGUGUGUAUUGAGCAGGUGAUCCACAUCAUUGUGAUCGUGAAGUUUGAAGCCACCGCCGAGUUCCUUUACACAUACUUUGUGGCCGUUGGAAUCAUCUUGGUAAUUGGUCUGGUUGCCUUUGCUGUCCUAAUGCCAGAAACCCGGGGAUUGACUCUCCGACAGGCGGGGGAACGAUUCCGGCGGGUUCACGAUGUCAUGGCAUACUAAAUGGAUUUUAUUUAAUUUUUGUAUUCGGUACCAUCAAUAAAAUGCAGUCUAAUAACAUCA